UACUGAACAGAUUUACCGCGAUACAAACUGGCUUCCCGCUGGCCUUAACCGCCGAGAAAGAUGCUUUUUCAACGGAUUAAAACGAUGAAACACACGCCGGGACGUCUGGGAAAACUUUGCCCAACUGUGCCCAAACUUUAACAAGACCCACAAGCCCGAUAUAGUCUCCAGCGUGUUAGCAUUGUUUUAUUAUCUCCCCCACUACUAGUUUGCCUCUCUGGUCGAGGUUUGUCCUCCUUUUUUUUUUUUGUUUUCCCCUCUUUCUACUUUUCUUUUCUUUAAAUUGGAGGAGUCCAGUCUGAUGAAUUCACCGAAAAAGGACGGAGACGACGAUGUGCCCGUUAAAGACCCGGUGAAAUACGGAGAGCUGGUCAUUUUGGGGUACAAUGGCUCUCUGCCGAGCGGAGACCGCGGGCGCAGGAAGAGCCGCUUCGCUCUUUACCGAAGGGCCAAGGCCAACGGUGUCAAACCCAGCGCUGUGCACAUCCUCAACUCGCCACAGGACACCAAGGCGGUGCACAGCAGGGGGCAGCACAGCAUCUCCUUCACGUUGUCUCGUAACCAGACGGUGGUGGUGGAGUACUGCCAUGACAACAGCACAGACAUGUUCCAGAUCGGACGCUCCACAGAAUGCCCCAUCGACUUCGUGGUGACUGACACCUCUGGAGGGGGCAAGGAAGGGGAGGACCCCUCCAUCGCUCCCAGCACCAUCUCCCGCUUCGCCUGCAGAGUGGUGUGCGAGCGCAACCCGCCCUACACCGCACGCAUUUACGCCGCAGGCUUUGACUCGUCCAAAAAUAUCUUUCUAGGGGAGAAAGCAACCAAAUGGAAAAAUCCCGACGGCCACAUGGAUGGCCUCACCACCAACGGCGUGCUGGUGAUGCACCCGGAGGGUUUCCCGGAGGACCCCAAGCAGGGUCUGUGGAGGGAGAUCUCCGUGUGCGGAGACGUGUACGCGCUGCGGGAAACGCGCUCCGGGCCCAGCCGGGGAAAGCUGGCGGAGGGGGAGAGCAGCGCCCUGCGCGACGGCUCCCUGGUGGAUCUCUGCGGGGCCACCCUGCUGUGGCGCACGGGCGAGGGACUGAUGCGCGCCCCCACUCUGCGUCACCUGGAGGCCCUGCGCCAGGAGCUGAAUGCGUCCCGUCCUCAGUGUCCUGUGGGCCUCAGCACGCUGGCCUUCCCAAGUUUACCACGCAGCCACAGCCUGGAAGAGCGCCAGCCCUGGGUCUACCUCGCCUGCGGCCACGUCCACGGACGCCACGACUGGGGCCAGAGAUCCGAAAGAGAGGAGGAACGGGGCGUGGGCGAGGGCGAGGGCGCCGCCAUACGCAGAGAAUGUCCCCUGUGCAGAAGCGUGGGGCCCUACGUGCCGCUGUGGCUGGGCUCCGAGCCUGCGGUGUACGUGGACGCCGGGGCUCCCACUCACGCUUUCGUGCCGUGUGGCCACGUCUGCUCGGAGAGGACAGCCAAGUACUGGGCCGAGACCCCUCUGCCCCACGGCACACACGCCUUCAGGCCCGUCUGCCCCUUCUGCUCCGCCGCCCUCAGCACCCCCGGCUGGAUACGGCUCAUCUUCCAGGGCCCCAUCGACUAGCCGCGCCUCGGCGACCCCUGUCCCGACCCCAGGAAGCCCCCUGGGCUUCGUUCGGGUGGCGCGCGUUAGCUCUGAGUGUCCGGCUGCACUCUCCCAACGUCGUGUCCCAGAAUGCCGCUCGGCGCUGAAGAAUCCGUCCCCCUUGUUUAUCCUUCAGAGCUUCAGGAUCAGGAGGACGCGACAGACUGAUCAGUGCUAACACUAAGAUAGUAAUUAGUCUAAACUAACUAUAACGGCGUGAGCUGGCCUUCGUUAAGUCGAACAUAAACAGAAGCUUAGGUGAUGCUGCUUGACCUUUUACUAAAAAAAAAAAAAAA